GGCAGCACACACAUAGGAUGCACUGCAGUACAUUGGUUUUGUUGGCCCUUUGCUGUCUGGGCGUGGGACUUGCAACAGCAGCAGCCACACCAGGCAGCGCCGCACCCGCAGCGCCUGCGAACAAUUUGUAUCUGGAGCUGAAGACCUUCUUGCGUCAGGUGCCCAAGAAGCAGAUACAACAUUUAGCACGCGCUUAUCUGCUGAACGAUGUGCCCUUCCAAGCCGUCAUACGUGAGCUGAACUCCUUGGCGUCCUACCGUCUGCGCCAGCAACUGCUCAAUCAGCCGGAGCUUCGUUCGUUUUUGCAGUGGCUGUCACAGCAAUUGAUUUUGUCCGGCGGUUCGCUUAAGGUCUUCGACACACUGGAGCUGGAAAUCAAGCUGUUCAAUAAAUAUCCACACUGGGCAGUGUCCACAGAGGGUGUUGCUGGUUUUGAGAAUGAGUUCAACUUUUUAUAUCCUGCCGCGGCGCUGCGAGAGCUACUUGAGACAAAUGCUCAGCAAUCUGCUAUAUUUGGUGAGUUCUGGCGUCGUGUGGUGGCUCUGAAGCCAGCCUAUGAACGCUUCAUAGCCACACCACAGGCCGUGGCCUUUGCCGGCCGGCUGCGCAAGUUGGGCGUCAAUGUGGAUGGCGCGGAUCAGUUGGUGCGUUAUCAGUUGGGCUGGAGCAAUGCCAGCAUACCCAGCUAUGAUUAUAAUGAUUAUCUGGGCUUGAAUAAUGCUGAGAAUUAUUAAAAAGUCAUUGUUAGUUUAAGUAUUUGGGGUAGUCCUUUGUGUAAUUUGUGUUUCUGUUUUUAAUAAAUCUUUAAUCUACAUGCAAACUAUC